AUGGCUUUUAUCAAGGUCAUAAUAAGAUUAUUAUUAUUAUUACUGAUAAGCAGUAUUCUUAUUUGUGAUGGUCAAUUUUUAACACCUGAUCAAUUAAGAGAACAAAAUGACCUUGGCUAUGGAGCUCGAUCACAUUAUGAAAUGACUAGUGGUCGACGAACAGAUAUGUUCAAUCGUAUUAAUCCUGAUUAUUUACUUCGAGGUUUUUUUCCGUUCUGGUCAAUCGUACUCAUUUGUUUUGGACUUAUUUUUUUGACAUUGGCUGUUUUUGGGCUUAUUGGUUAUUUAUUAGGAUGUCGUCGACCAACACUUGAAGAACUCUAUGCAAAUGAAUUUGAACAAUUAACACCAGAUGAUGAAUUUUUAUUAGGUACUGGAGGUAUUUCAAAUAUGAAUGAUACAAAAAUAUCUAUAGAAAAUUCAUCAAAUGGAUUAUUUAAUAAUAAUCAAAGAGAUUUUCGUUAUGAAUCAUUAUUACCUAUUGAACAAACACGUGUUGGACAGAGUCAUGAAGAUAUGGUGUAA